AUGUUUCCGGAGCUGAUACGAAUAGCCGUUUGUGGUGAUGAGGCAGUGGGGAAAUCAUCACUCAUUGCUUCAUUGAUCAAGGAGAAUAUCAUUGACUCUCAAGUCAAUAAUGUGUUACCACCAAUCACCAUAUCUCGCAAAGAUUAUACCGAGAGCCUACACGAUUUGGCCCUGAUUGAAAACUUUACAGUAUCGCAAAAAAAGCAAUCUUUGAAUCAUAAACGAAAAGGCAAAGCUGAAUCACUUAGACUACAAUCACUCAAUCCAAUGGAGGAAGUACCGGAAUAUGUUCCAAACACCACAACCAUUGUUGAUACAACUUCUUCAGACCCAGCUACUUUGCAACAAGAACUCAAACGCGCCGAUGUGAUUUGGCUCGUGUAUUCCGACCAUUACACAUAUGAAAGAAUCUCAUUGCACUGGAUGCCUAUGCUACGGUCUCUAGGAGUCAAUUUGCCAAUUAUACUAUGCGCAAACAAGCUGGAGUCAUCGCCCAAGUCGUUAUGGAAAAACCAAAAUUCCGAGGAGUUCAUUCCCUUAAUUAAUGAAUUUAAAGAGAUUGAAGCUGGCGUGAGGUGUAGUGCAAAGAAUAAUUAUAACGUCGUUGAGGCUUUCUAUUUGUGUCAACGAGCAGUGACUCACCCCAUCUCACCCAUAUUUGAUGCCAAGGAGGGUAAUCUAAAACCCGGAGCCGUGGCAGCUUUAAGGCGGGUUUUCUUUUUGUUUGACACCGACCAGGAUGGUUACUUGGACUUUGACGAUUUUAAUGAGUUACAUAAGCGAUGCUUUGGCACGCUAUCGUCACAAGCAGAUUUUGAAGAUAUAGUAACGCAUAUAGAUACAAAACUACUACGGGAUAAUCUGGAGCUGACAAGAUGUAUAAGCGAAGAUGGGUUUAUUUUGUUGAAUAAAUUAUAUGCAGAAUCGGGAAGACACGAAACCAUUUGGUGCAUUUUACGAGCAAAUCACUAUACAAAUUCCCUUUCCUUAAAUGACAAGUUCUUGGUUCCUUACCUUGAUGUUAAUCCAAACUCAAGUGUAGAAUUGAGUCCUACUGGCUACAGGUUUCUUGUUGAUUUGUUCAUCAAGUUUGACAAGGAUAACGAUGGUGGAUUAAAUGAAAAAGAACUCAAUAAUUUAUUUCGACCGACCCCGGGGAUACCCAAGCUAUGGAUCGAGACUAAUUUUCCCUCAUCGAUUGUAUGCAAUGAAGAAGGCUACGUCACUUUACAAGGAUGGCUUGCGCAAUGGAAUUUGACCACGUUGCUCAGCUACAAAACAACAUUGGAAUACCUUGGGUAUUUGGGAUUUGACGCAGGUAGCUCGGUAAAGGCUCUAAAAGUUACUAAACCAAGAAAAACAAGACAGAAGCAAGGGAAAGUUUAUAGAACCACAGUUACUGAUCGAAACAUAUUCAAUUGUUUUGUUGUUGGUGCACCAAAAGCAGGCAAGACUGCCUUGUUGGAUCUGUUUUUGCAUGGUUCUUAUAGUGAUGUUUAUUCCCCUACAAUUCAGCCGAGAUUAGUCAUUAAGGAUAUCGAGUUGCGAGGUGGCAAACAGUGCUAUUUGAUAUUGGAGGAGUUGGGGGAAUUGGAACCAGCCAUAUUGGAGAACAAAAAAAGGCUUGACGAGUGUGAUGUUAUAUGUUAUACAUAUGACUCCUCGGACCCAGAGAGUUUCCAGUAUUUAGUGGACUUGAGAAAGAAAUACGAGCAUUUGGACGAGAUACCAUCUGUGUUUGUUGCCCUCAAGGCUGAUUUGGACAAGCAGCAGCAGAGGUCAGAUGUACAGCCGGAAAAUUAUACAAGAGAACUUUUCCUUAAUUCACCAUUACACAUUUCCUCAUCCUGGACGUCAUCGUUACAUGAGCUUUUCAUUCAGUUGGUUGAUGCUGCAAAUAAACCUAUGAAUGCGACUCCUGGACUUGAAGUUGACAAGGCUGCAGCUGACCAGGAGAACUUGAAGCAUAUUAUGAUGGCUGGUGGUGCAUUGGGGGUAAUGGCAUUGGUAUCCAUCUGGAUGUUAAAUAGUAUGCGUAGAAGAUAA